GUGACUACGUAAAUAAUGUGUCUAUAUAUGUAUGCACUGACGCUAUUGUUCUCUUUGAUCGGAACUUAACAUAAUAUAUAAUAGCGCUGCAUAAACUAAGAUAUAAUUAAGGAUGCGCAGUAUGGGUGCAGGCUCCGGCGGCUUCGGGUCGUCGUCGAGAGGCAUCGCCGCCGUGGUUGGUGUAGGGCCGAAGCUCGGGCGUUCCAUCGCUCGCAAGUUCGUCCACGAAGGCUACACCGUCGCGAUUCUCGCACGGAACUUAGGUACAUUGUCGAGAUUCGCCGACGAGAUCGCGAGAGAAGAGAAGGCGCAGGUGUUCGCUAUCCGUAUAGACUGCUCGGAUUCUCGGAGCAUACGAGAGGCCUUCGAGGGGGUCCUGUCCCUCGGAUUCGUCGAGGUUUUAGUGUAUAACGCGAACAAGGCGGUGUCUAGGAAGCCCACCAACUUCAUGGAUAUUAAGGUUGACCAGUUUGAGAAAUCCAUGGCCGUCUCCUCCGUCGGAGCCUUCCAUUGCGCUCAACAGGUAUUGCCGGGCAUGGUGGAAAGGGGUAGAGGGACGAUUCUCUUCUCCGGCUGCUCCGCCUCCGUUUCCGGCGUUGCUGGCUUUUCUGAAUUAUGUUGCGGCAAAUUUGCUUUGAGAGGAUUAUCGCAGUGCCUGGCGAGGGAGUUUCAACCACUGGGAAUACACGUCGCACAUGUCAUCAUCGACGGCAUCGUUGCCACAUCUCGAGGGGCAUUGGGAUCUUCAUCAUCUUUGCAGCAGCAACAGCAAAGAUGGGGGGUGAGAGAAAUGCAGGAAGGAGGAGGGGAAGAUGGAGGAAUGGACCCCGACCACUUGGCUCGCACCUAUUGGCAUUUGCAUAUUCAACAUCCAUCCGCUUGGACCCAAGAGAUUGAUCUUCGUCCUUCUUAGCUAAAACAGCUAGUUAAAUUAAUUAAUCAA